CAGCCUUUGAGCAAAUUUAACUCAGGGACGCAGUUGCCCUGCUGUCACAGUUACUCUUGGAUUCUACACAGUGCGGAUCUCUUCUUCACACUAUAAACAUGGAUCUGAAAGUGAUAGUAGUAUUUGCUCUGAUAGCGGUCGCCCUUCAUGUCCCCGUUUCAGAUGCCAAGCCCAUCAGCCUGGUAGAGAGAUGCUGGUGCCGUUCCACAGUCAACACAGUCCCACAGAGAAGCAUUCGUGAGCUCAAGUUCCUGCACACUCCCAACUGCCCGUUCCAAGUCAUUGCCAAACUGAAGAACAACAAGGAGGUGUGCAUUAACCCAGAGACCAAGUGGCUGCAACAGUACCUAAAGAAUGCUUUGAACAAAAUGAAAAAAGCCCAACAACAGAGCUAAGAAGUCUGCCAGAUGACAAGGGAAUCUGACAGCCCACCGUCACAGAUAUGUACCAUAUAGUCCUCUGACAUGCUAGCUUACCCAGCACUUAACCUGCCAAAUAUGCUCCCCCCAGUAAAGACUCAGCAAAAGACCACCAACUGUUUGCGCCAAGUGCAAUUAUAUAUGUAUGACUGUGUUUUUAUACGAAUAUGUAUAUAAAAUGUUUUUAUUUCUUUAUAUCGUCUUAAAACCAGUAAAAGAGAUAUUUUUGGAGUUGUGUUUGCUUGCUUGUCUCGUUAUGUUGGGGUAGGUUGAUCUGCAUGAGAUAAUGAGGUAUUUUGAAGCAAACAUUGAAAACUUAGAAAGCUCCCUGUAGGUUAACCUUAGAUAUAAGGUAAAAACUCACAUGCCUAAAGUGUUUUUUGUUUUGUUUUGUUUGUUUGUUUGUUUGUUUGUUUGUUUGUUU